AGCAAAUCUGCUGCCUUUCUCACUGCUGAUACAAAUUAUACAGACGCUUGCCUUUUUGAAAUGCCUUUUGUGAAACCUAUGGCCACAGUCCUCCACUGUUACUAUACAUAACUAUAUAUUUGAGGAAGGAAUUUGACAAGUGAUUGUUAAUUCAAGAAAUCUUUGGACAAGCACUCACUUAUGUAUUGCUGUAGUGCACAAGAAAGCAAAAUGGACUAUAAGCGGCGCUUUUUGCUUGGCGGGUCCAAGCAAAAAGUGCAGCAACACCAGCAGUAUCAAAUGCCUGAGCUAGGCAGGACCCUGAGCGCACCGCUGGCAUCUACAACCCCAACAUCCCCUUUGGUCUCCUCAGCUGCUGCGGGCAGCUGCAACCACCCUGUGUCCCACACUACUCCAAUCGCAGACAUCCAGCAGGGAAUCUCCAAAUAUCUGGAUGCACUCAACGUGUUUUGCCGUACGAGCACUUUCCUUACAGACCUUUUCAGCAGUGUAUUUAGGAACUCGCACUAUUCUAAGGCAGCUAUGCAACUGAAAGACGUGCAGGAACAUGUCAUGGAAGCAGCGAGUCGACUCACAGCAGCAAUAAAACCAGAAAUAGCAAAAAUGCUGAUGGAACUCAGUGCAGGAGCUGCAAACUUUAAAGAUCAAAAAGAGUUCAGCCUGCAAGACAUCGAGGUACUUGGGCGAUGUUUCUUGACGGUGAUGCAGGUCCACUUUCAGUUCCUGUCACAAGCUUUGCAGAAGGUCCAGCCAGUGGCACACUCUUGCUUUGCUGAAGCUGUAGCUCAGGAGAGAAAAAAUGUUAGUGGGGCUGGAGCCUCAAAUUUAAGCCCCACGAAUGAGCUAGAAGAUGCAAUAAGAUCAUGGAGAGGAGCAGCAGAGGCCACAUCUCGACUGCGAGAAAGAGGCUGUGAUGGAUGUUUAGCAGGAAUUGAAGUUCAGCAACUUUUCUGCUCACAGAGUGUGGCAAUCCCUGAACAUCAGCUCAAAGAGCUAAACAUGAAAAUUGACAGUGCUUUGCAGGCUUACAAACUGGCUUUGGAGAGCUUAGGCCAUUGUGAAUAUGCAAUGAAGGCUGGCUUCCACUUGAACCCAAAAGCUAUUGAAGCAAGUCUUCAGGGCUGUUGCAGUGAAGCUGAAGCCCAGCAAACAGGAAGGAGACAGACUCCACCUCAGCCAAUUCAGUGUGAACUGCCCACCGUACCUGUUCAGAUAGGAUCGCAUUUUCUGAAAGGAAUAUCCUUUAAUGAGUCUGCAGCAGAAAACCUGAAGCUGAAAACGCACACAAUGCUGCAGUUGAUUAAGGAAGCUGGAUGCCAUAAUGGACUUACACCACGGGAUGACUCUCCUGUUACUGAAGUACUAAAUCAGGUUUGCCCUUCCACUUGGCGAGGAGCCUGCAAAACUGCUGUACAAUUGUUAUUUGGCCAAGCUGGACUGGUGGUUGUGGACACAGCACAGAUUGAAAACAAAGAAGCCUAUGCUCCUCAGAUAAGUUUAGAAGGAUCCAGGAUUGUGGUGCAAGUUCCAUCAACUUGGUGUCUGAAAGAAGAUCCAGCAACAAUGUCUUUGCUACAGAGAAGUCUGGAUCCAGAGAAGACUCUGGGACUGGUAGAUGUGCUCUACACUGCUGUGUUUGACAUACACAGGUGGAAGGAAGGAAGGGAGCAAGCCUUGCCUUGUAUUCAGAUCCAGUUACAGCGUGAAAUCUCAGACUUUGGGAAUCAAGCUGACAUGCCAUCCGGAAAUGGAAGCAAAUCUUCAGGUGGCCUACAAAAGACGUUCUCAAAACUGACUUCACGGUUUACAAAAAAAACUUCCUGCACUAGUACAAGUAAUACUGGAAGUUAUUCAAUCCCCAAUACACCUUCCAAAAAUGUCUUCAUAAGUUCCAACUCAGAGGAAAAAGCUAAAAUGCCCACUAACAUAGACGCACGGUUACAAAGCAUUUUGAACAUCGGUAAUUUUCCUAGGACCACAGAUCCACUGCAGUCAAUUCAGAGCACAAAUAAUCAGCUAGUGAAUGGAUUUCUAGUCGAAAGACGGGACAACUUCUUCAAACCUGAUGAUGGCAAGGAUGACAAAGGUAUGAAUUUACCAACUGACCAAGAAAUGCAGGAUGUUAUAGAUUUCUUGUCUGGUUUUAACAUGGGCAAAUCCCAGCAAACUUCUCCGAUGGUGAAAAGAAGGAACUCUGCUGCAUCCUCUACAGCAACAGAACAAAAAUCAGGAACAGUACAACAGCAACCACAAUCUGUCUCUCACACACCACUGCAUCCUUCUCAGCAAGGCUUGUCACAGCAGCAGCAGCAGUCACAAAAGCAGCAGCAGCAGCAAAUGCAGUAUUACCAACACUUGCUUCAACCUAUUGGACCACAGCAACGUGUACCUGCCAAAUGGCUGACUAAUUCUUCACAGCAGCCAGCCCAAGCUGUUGGAGCUGGACUGUCUCAUAUAAACCAGUGGAACAAUCCUGGUUUUUCAGAUUUAAGCUCUGAUUUGUACAGCUUGGGUCUUGUGAGCAGCUAUAUGGACAAUAUGAUGUCAGAGAUGUUAGGACAGAAACCACAAGGACCUAGAAACAACACAUGGCCAAAUCGUGACCAAACUGAUGGAGUGUUUGGGAUGUUGGGAGAAAUCCUGCCUUUUGACCCUGCAGUUGGCUCUGAUCCAGAAUUUGCCCGCUAUGUUGCUGGGGUCAACCAGGCUAUGCAACAAAAAAGGCAAGCACAGCAUGUCCGUCGUCCAAGCAACACACGUAGCAACUGGCCUCUUCCUGAUGAUCCUCAUAAAACCUGGCCCUUUCCCGAGUAUUUCACAGAAGGUGAUGUGACAAAUAGCUGGUCUGGUACUCAAGGAGACUCUGCCAGCUCAAGCGAUGAGACGUCCUCAGCUAAUGGAGACAGUUUGUUCUCCAUGUUCUCAGGGCCAGACCUUGUUGCUGCUGUAAAGCAGAGAAGAAAACACAGCAGUGGCGAGCAGGAACCUAGUACGCUACCAUCACCACCUCUUCUUUCUGCAGCAGAUGACCGUAAUCAGGAUAAUAAAACCAAAACCUGGCCUCCAAAGGCACCCUGGCAGCAUACGUCCUCUGUCACGAACACGCUACCUGGUCAGAGUACAUCUUUGUAUCCUAUGAGCAGCCCUGUCAGCCAGUGGAGCGACACGAUGCAGAUCCUCCAGUCACCCGUGUGGGCAGCAGCCAACGACUGUGCUCCAGCUGCAGCAAUCUCCUCUAACUUUGCCUAUGCGCAGCAGCAGCAAUCACAACAACAGGCUUCCCAGCACAAACAGAUGAAUAAGGGCUUUAAAUCUUUUCCAGUAAAGCACGAACGCAGACCAUCUUACCUGCAUCAGUACUAACUGCUUUUCAUAUUGGAAAAUGCAGCACAGGGCCAAACAUAAAUUACAUAUACUUGGUUUCACAAUUGUGUAUUGGCUAUGUCCUGUUUAUCUCAUUAACUACGGAACUGAGGGGGUUUGGGUGAGAUAUGCAAACUCUUGAAUUCUGAUUUACAGUGCUGAGCAAAUAUGGCCAAUAUGUAUGUUUGUUUGUAUGCGAAAACAGCCCAAAACUGUGAUGUAGAAAUGCUUUCAAAAAUGUGUAUAUUGCC